AUGCUCACCCACACCCUCAAGCUCAGCGCGCGCGCGGCCGUCAAGCACCACGCGGCCACACGGCUCCCUCCCCCGUCCCAGAUCCACUCCAUCAUUGCCACCACGACACGCCGUCCUACUGGGGCUGCCGCCUUCUCCACGUCGAUCCCAACGAAUUCCGCUCGCCAGAAGCCGUUCGAGGACCUGCGCAAGGCAUGGGGGAUCGACUACGACACCGUGACGCUCCCCACCAAGCUCCUCCUGGACGCUCUGCGCGACAAGGCCGCCGUACUCGAGUUUGGCCCCAACAAGGCCCGUGGCAAUGACUUUACGCAGGCGCGCCGCGCGCUCGCGCAGCUGGUACCCUUCGGUCCCGUCACCACCCCCACGCUGUCCAUUGCGCAGGUGGAGACGGUGCUGCCCGCGGAGAACGGGCGUGCAUGGAGCCUCAUCCGCGAGCUGGUCGAUACGGGCCGGGUGGGCGAGUUGGAGCGGUUGUCGGCGCUCAUGCGCGCCGCGGCCUCGUUCCUCCGUAUCCACAACAUUGGCGAAAAGCGCGCUUGGGAGAUUGCGGUCGCGGGUGCGCGCACGUUUGAGGAUGUGAUCAACGCCGACAAGCUGGGCAGCGUGACCAUUACUGAAGCCAUGAAGCUGUCCAUCGAGCACAUGGACGACCUGGAGCUCAUGAUCCCGCGCGCGGAGAUUGACCUGCACCGCGCCAAGAUCAAGCACGCGCUCGGCGACGAGUACGGGUUUGAGAUCACUGGCAGCUACAGGCGCGGCCAGGCUGUGUCGUCAGACAUUGACCUAGUGGUGUGGCACGAUUCCUUUAAGAACGCGCGGGACCACUCGGGCCGGCUCCUAGACAAGGUCACCGCCGUGCUUGAAGCUGCCGAAGUGCUGGACCCGGCCAAGCUGUUCAUGGGCCACACAAGUACGGUGAAGCACCGUACCGGCGGCAUGCUGACCCCGCCGCCAGUGAAACACAAAACCGCGCCGUCUGUGGACCCACGCAAAGUCAUUGCCCUGACGCGUCUCGACGCGUCGUCGCCAUAUCGCCAGAUUGACAUCCGCCUUUGGCCGACAGACAGCCUGGCGUACAUGCUGCUCGGCAACACUGCCGAUGAUUUCUUGAACAAGAUUCUGCGUAGCCGUGCCAAGGAAGAGGGCCUGAUACUCAACGAGUACGGGAUGGGACAGAGGCAGCCGAGUUCCAGCUGGUUUGUCGACGGCACGGCGAUACCCGCGUCUGCCGAGGAGGAUAUCUUUUGCAGGCUGGCCGUACCGUAUCUGCAGCCGACUGAAUGUUCGUAUGCCGUGUACAGCCGUAUUCUUCCACGCAAGUACCUGUGGCUCUGA